GCCCCGGGGCGGGCCGCGCGGGGGGGGUGGGGGCCGCGCGCAUGCGCAGGCGGUGACCUUUUUCACGUGUGCGCGGCGGGAGCGCGGGUCACUCGGUGGUGGGGAGUGUGGCGGCCGCCAUGGCAGGAAAGGCAUUUAGGAAGUUUCUUCCCCUGUUUGAUCGUGUUCUGGUUGAACGAUGUGCAGCUGAGACUGUAACCAAAGGAGGCAUCAUGAUUCCAGAGAAAGCUCAAGGGAAAGUGCUACAAGCAACAGUAGUGGCAGUUGGAUCAGGAGCCAAAGGAAAGAAUGGUGAGAUUCAGCCAGUAAGCGUAAAAGUUGGUGAAAAAGUUUUGCUACCAGAAUAUGGUGGUACUAAGAUUGUACUAGAUGAUAAGGACUACUACUUGUUCAGAGAUGGUGACAUUCUUGGAAAAUACUUGGACUAAACUACUUCUUGCAGUAUCAGUCAUCCAUUCCACUAAAAUGCUGAAAUCUUUUUGUUCAUCAUGUAAAUAAUGUCCUUUAUUUUGUAAUAAACAGGCAUUGAGUCUCUGAAAUAACUUGUGAUCUCUCUGUAAUGAUGGAACUAAUAAAAGUAUGUACAGUCAAAAGUCAGUUGCUCUUGUUUGAGUUCCACUGAACAGUGAAAUUCAGAUGACCACCAACCAGCCUUAACUGUUCCAGACAACAUCAUUUUUAUAUCCUUCUCUUUUACUGAGAUUGUAAAGGCUGUACAAUAAACUUCUAAAACUA